AUGCUUUGGUUCCUCCUUCUCGUCACUAGAAUUUCUGCCGCUCCACUUCAAACGGCAUGCACAACUCCAGACCUGGCUGGUCCUUCGUGUGUCUGCCCAUUCAACCAGGGCCAAAGGUCUCUCUGGGAUAUCAUCUGGGGUUGCCUCGUGACAAUUUUCGCAUGCACUUGGAUUUCUGUGCAUCCGAACAUUCCUAAGGCGGGAGGGCCAUGGUGGAAAUCUUUGGCGAGUAGGUUAAAAAUCAUGUUUUACGCGAUCAUGACGCCGGAAAUGGUUAUCUGGUGGGCAAUGAGGCAAUGGUUGGGCGCAGGCGAUAUUGCAAAGAGGCAUAAAGAUAAAGGAUGGAAACGAAUCCACGGAUACUUUGUCCAGAUGGGAGGAUUCGUACUUUACCAGGGGAAGACGGCUCUAUAUCCGCUCUCCAUUGCGGAGAUGGAGACCUUAGAGAGGGCGGGGAAAAUGGAAUGGCCGGAAACUACUUCAGAAGAUAUUGAAGACCGUAGUAAAGGCGAUUACCUCGCCAAAGGUGUUGUCAUCCUCCAAUCCUUGUGGUUCGUCACCCAGUGCAUUGCUCGGGCAGUGAAUCACAUCAUGUUGACUGAACUCGAGCUUUCCACCGCUGGCUUCGCCGUCCUCAAUGGGGUCAUGUAUUUCUAUUGGUGGAAUAAGCCCCUAGACGUACGGGUGCCCAUUCGAGUUCAACUCUUGCAGCCGGAAAGGACGUCCAGAGUGCACGGAGAAAUGAUAACCGGGGAAGGAGAUUCGACGGAUGAGGUACUCUAUACCGGACCUGCCUCGCCUGGGGUGAUCUCACCCUUCCACCGGGACGUAGAAGCAAGACUUGUUGGCCCCUACUCUACCGUCCCAGUUAUCGGCGACCACCGCAACUGGUUAUCCAAAGCCACCGACAACUUCUCGCGGGACGUCCACAUUCACGGCAUCUUGUGGACGCUGUGGAAUCGAAUUCUUUACCGGCCUUUUGCAGUGCUUCUUGGACCCCUUCGUGACAUGGGUGUCCAACUCGACCUUGACAAGUCGCGUCAUCAUGUGCCCACCUUUCACGCAUCAGGCACUGAUGGUCAUUAUGAUCGCUUUUCCAUCGUCGCAGUGGCAGUAGUGUUUGGUGCCAUUCACUGUUUGGCGUGGUCCUUCCAUUUUGCGACUCGCGGUGAACAGUUUAUAUGGCGCGUCGCCUCCCUUUCCAUUGCUUCGGUCCCUGUGGCCAUGUUUGCCUGUGUCUGGAUAUUGCCGUUCGAUAUCGCAGAAUUUAUAACAAUUCUACUGGGUUUAGCGUAUAUUCUUGCUCGAGGGGCUUUACUUGUUCUCGCUGUGACACAACUUAGGUCGCUACCCGCCAGCGCCUUCGAUACUGUCAAUUGGACCACUUUUAUACCACAUUUAUGA